CUUUUUGGAUUAUUAGUCAGGCACAUAACAUAGUGUUGUAAUUUUAUAUCUGUAUUGAACUACUCGGACGGAAAACUGUUCUGGUUUCUCUUGAAGAAACAACGUAAGAAGAAUGAGGAUAGUGGGACUGACAGGUGGGAUUUCGUCUGGGAAGAGCACUGUCUCAAAUCUCUUCAAGGCCCAUGACAUACCUGUUGUUGACGCCGAUCUUGUGGCUCGAGAUGUAUUGAAGAAGGGAACUGGUGGAUGGAAAAAGGUUGUUUCAGCAUUUGGACAGGGCAUUUUGCAACCUGAUGGAGAAGUUGAUAGGCCUAAACUAGGGCAAAUUGUAUUCUCUAAUCCCGAGAAGCGUCAACUUUUGAAUCGACUACUGGCUCCUUACAUAUCAUCUGGAAUCUUUUGGGCAAUUUUGAAGCUAUGGUUGAAGGGGUUUAAGGUUAUUGUUCUUGAUGUCCCUCUAUUGUUUGAGGCCAAGAUGGACAGAUGGACAAAGCCCAUUAUUGUUGUAUGGGUCGAUCCUGAAACACAGCUCCAGAGACUCAUGUCGAGGGACAGAACAAGUGAGGAUGAUGCUCGAAACAGAAUAAAUGCUCAGAUGUCACUCGAUAUAAAGAGGACUAAGGCAGACAUAGUGAUUGAUAACACUGGAUCACAAGAGGAUUUGAAAGAGAAGUUUAAGAGUGUGCUAUUUGAGGUCGCAAAGCCCUUGACAUGGACUGAAUUUUGGCUUUCUCGACAAGGUGCUUCAUCUGCUCUUGUCUCCAUUAUCAUAGGUGUUCUUUUGUUCAGAAAAGUUUAUAACAGUGAUAGUAAAUUAUAGCAACCUUGGAGUUGUGCUUGUUGAGAUAUUGAUCUAAAUCUCCCUCUCUGUGGUAGUUGAUAAGAGAAGAACUUCACUGUGUUUGUAAUGAAGAAUGAUUAUAUGCAUUUACAAUCUAAAAUUAUUGCAAAAGGUCUUCAGUUUCCU